AUGAUCUCUAGAAGGCGUCGAGCAUUAGCUGGAAGUGAUGAUGGAUCGAAAGGAAUCGCUAGCAUGUUGGAUGACAUUGAGCCAGAACCAUUUGAGGAAAUGUACUCAAUAUUCCGAAUCGUGACACUCUAUGAGUUGAUGAUACAUGGACAAUGGAAGUAUGUCGUUCAUUAUUUGGAUAAUAAGAAAACAGAAUUGGUUCUUGGAACGUACAUUGGUGCAGCUUUUGAACUAAUUCGAUUUGUUUGCGUUCUUAUCAUUGCAAUUGUAUUCAUUUUAAUGCGUAUUUCUGCCUUACUUCCACUUCAAAACGAGAACAUAAUCGGAAACAUUACAUGGGUCAUUUCAACGAAUGCACUUGCCUUCUGGACUGCUUUGAUUCUUUGUGCAAUCAUUGUUGCACAAUUUGCAGUUUAUCAAUGUAAAAAUUCAAGUUAUGUGGUCAUUUGUACAACUAUCAACUUUGUAUUCUCGAUUAUCCUCAUCGCUGCUUUUAUCCAUUUGGCAAUUCUGAGAUAUAACAACGAGAAUUUUAUGAAAGAAGGAUUUCACAAAAACUUGUUGUCAUCUGGAUCCAUGAGAGGUCUACAGAAUUACCAAGCUCGAGUUAAGUGUUGUGGUGUGGAAGGACCAGAUGAUUACUUUGGAAGCAUUAUCAUGAAGUACACGAAUGCGACAAGUACUUCGGAGACAAAAACAGACGAUGUUCACAGAAUAUGUUCCCAGAGAAAUCUGACUGUCGAAGAAGCAAAAGAAGCACGAGAAUAUGCACAAACCGGAAACUGGCAAAUGAUGCAUACGUUCAUUUCCAGACCAGAACCAGGAUCAUACUGGAGCAAAGGAUGCCUGAACGAAUACGUAGAAUCUGUUGAAUCCUACAUAAAUGUUCUCAUCUCGACCCUUAUUAUCUUCACAAUGUUCACUGCACUAACCAUUGGAUUUGUGAUUGUUCUGUUGCUGUAUCAUGACGGAGUUGGUCAAAUCGUUUCGGAUCAGAAGAUGUUCGGUGUGGAACGGAACACUGGAGUUCACUUCUUGAUGAGUUUGGAUAUGAUAGACAGCGACUUCCAAGACGAUUUCAGUCUGAUUGAGUUUUUACGAAAAUCGGAUAUCGAUAAUUUUAUGGCUGGAGAUCGACUCAAAGCAACUAUUAGUGGAAGAAAAGAAGCUGAAAGAGCAUGA